GUGCUUGUGGGAUUAUGUGCUUACUUUAAAUUCUACUGCUCUUACUGUAAGCCAGGACUAAGAUUCUGCAUUCCAGUUCCUCCCCAUUCGCGGCUUGUCAAUAACCAGCUUGUUUGUGAUCAAGGCUACAGAAUAUCAAAGGGGAUUGCUGACAUUUGUGUGCCUGAUGUUGAGGAGGAGGGUGCUGUUCUGCAAAAAGCUGAGAAGUAUAUUAAAAUGUUAGAGUAUUUGAAGGGGGACUAUAAGUUUGGCUAUGCAAAGUCCCCAAAACUGAAGAUUUCACUGAUCUCUGACCCUAUGGUUCUAAGAGUACUUCAACACUCGCCAAAGGUUCAGUUUUCAGAAGAUAUGAUCGAAGCAAAAAUCACAAAGGUUGGUUUUAGGGUAUUAAUUAGAUUUUACUCGCUAUUUCUGUUCAAAAUUUGUUUGGCGAUUGUUGUUCUGCUUUGUAUCCUGAAGAUAUGGAUAAAUAGACGUAGGAAGGCUGCCAUGCUACGAGCCAGGGCAGUAACAAUAUCCAAAGAAAUCCUUGACAUAUUGAACAGACAGAUUAUGAUGUCUGUCAAAUCUACACAGUUUAAGCCUUAUGUUUUAGCACAGCAAAUGAGGGAUGCGCUUGAUAUAAAGGAGGAUCUGUGGCAGUAUGUAAAUGAGAUCAUACAAAGGAAUUCAAAUGUUGAAAAGAUUACAGAUGACCAGGGCAGAGCCAUGUGGAAAUGGAUUGGCCCUGUUUUAUACAAGACUGAGUCAAUUGAUGUGGAAUAA